AUGGACAUCUUCUACUUCAUUAGGUUGCUCAAAGGCCCAUCCAGACUGACCCUGAACACUUCUAGGUGUAGCCUCUCUCCUGCGGCCGUGGGGGUUGUGCGGGUGCCCGGCUGGGUGCCCCCGGCGCGGCCGAAGCUGGCCACACGAAGUGCCACUCCCGGAUCCCCUCCGGACCCUGGGCAGUGGUUACUGUCUGCGGCACAGGCGGGAUCUUCGGCUGCGAGGUACCGAAGCAAAGGAAGGAGGAGGGACGCCUCUUGCCGGCUUGGCUUUCCUCGCUCUGCUGCGGGAAGCCCCGAGCCAGUGCGUGCUCCCCAGGAGCCCGGGUCCCCAUCGUCUCCCGCUGGGGGCUGCCCGCCCCGCAGGGCCCGGACCCAGGCUGCAGCCAGCGGCAGACAGAAAGGCCGGGGAACCUCGCUGCUUCGCUCGGCAGCCGGGCUGCUGCUUCCCCCCGGCCCGCCCUGCCUCUGCAGGGAGUUUUGCUACAGCUCUUCGCCGUGCGCCGUCCGGCUUGCAGCUGCCGAGUUUCUGCUGCCGCUUGCUUGCUACCUCCGGGUGAGGCCGUCCUGCCGCUCCAGCUUGCUUCUCCUGAAAUUCCUGCUACAGCUCCUUCUGCUGUCCACAGGGGUACCACGGUCAGCUCUCCCUGAGGGUUCGUCAAGGAAGCUCCUUCUCCAUACCUUCUGCCAGCUGUGUCAGCCAUUACCAUGUGAGACAGACAUUGAAACUCGCGCCACAGCGCCCCCUGCAGCCGUGGGGGAAUCACCGCACCCGCCAUGCCUGGCUGGGGAGCCACCAGCGCCCCUGCCGGCUGUGACCGGAACUGCAUCAAGCGGGAAAUUACCUGUCAGCCGGGAGACGGCAGUUGUUGGGUCUCUGGGGGGUUCCAACAGCACAGUUAAGCACAGCUCUGUUGUACACGGUGAAGUCAAGCACACCAGCAAAACACUCAAGAUGGUCCUCAAUUCAAGCAGAGCCUUCAUAUGAUGUAACCUUAAUGUUGUCUGACUGUUGAUGACUUAACUGUGCCAUGGAAACUUUUGCAUGAAUAAACACAAACCAAAUAUGA